CAGGUGGGUGCGGUGCCGGCGACAAUCCCUGUCCCCCGCCCGUGUCACCCUCCGCACCCACAGCCCGGGGCAGGAGCAGCGGCGCCGGGGUCGGGGAUCCCGUCACAGGAUCGAGACCCCCUCGCUGUCCCCGGCAAGAUGGGAGACCCCUUGGGCCGCUGGGGCAGCUCCUCGAGCCGGAGCGACCACGACGACAGGUCCUCGUUCCGACCCCCCAACACCUUCGCCCGCCCCAGCGGGAAAAGCAUCUACCAGCAGCGCAAGGACUACGGGCAGACCCUGCUCCGGGCCCAGCAAGAGUUCCAGCACCACGUGGAGCACCUGCUGUCGCUGCGCCUGGAGCGGGAUUUGCGCAGCCCCGAGGAUUGCCUGGGGCGGCUGAAGGCGCUGGAGGCGCAGGGAAGGAUUUGGGGGCAGGAUGUGAUCCUGCAGGUCAAGGACCAGGAGCUGGUGCUGAGCGAUGUGGAGAGCAAGGAGGAGCUGGAGUCAUUCCCGCUGGGAAGUGUCCAGGGCUGCACGGCCGGGCUGGACAACACGGUGUUGGCCGUGAGCGUCCAGGAGUGGAGCCCCCCCGGGACCACCGUGCUGCUCUUCCAGUGCGAGCGGCCGGGGGCAGAGGUGCUGAGGACCAGCCUGGAGAAGGUGCUGCGGCAGCGCAGGGAGGAGCAGAGGGGCCAUCACGGCUACAGGACCAGCCCGGACGUGCCGCCGAGCGCGACCCCCCCGUACGGGGCCCCGGAGCCCCCCGAGCCCGACCUCCACGUGCCCCCCCCGCGCGGGCCGCCCCCCCAGCGUGGGCCGCCCCCCCCGAGCUACAGUGCCCCGGACCCCCCCCCGGUGCCCCGGGCCAACCCCCCAGCCCAGCUCACGGCCGAGGUGGACCGAGAUGUUGAGGUUCUGAACCACGUCCUGCGGGACCUGGAGCUCUUCGUGGCGCAGCUGAAGGUGUCCCCGGGCUCCCUCAGCCACAAGAAGAAGAAGAAGAAGGAGAAGAACCCGGCGCUGCCCCCAAAGGAGGACUUCGAGCAUUUCUUCCAGAAGGUGAAAUACGCCCUGAACCUGCUGGGCCGGACCCACCGGCACGUGCAGGACCCCGACCCCGCCGAGCUGCUGCGGCUCAUCUUCUCGGCCCUGACCUUCGUGCUGUCCCGCUGCCCCAGCCCCGGCCUGGCCCCCGCCGUGGAGACCCCGCUGCUGCUGCCGGAGGCGCUGGAACUCCUGGAGCAGAGCCUGGGAGAUGACGAUUACGGCACCUGGAAGAGCCUCGGCACCGCUUGGAACAGGGCCAGGGCCGAGUACCCCAACGGCGCCCAGGUGCCCGGGUACGUGCCGGUGUUCUCGGACGGGUGGCUGCCCCCCCCGAGGGAGCAGGAGCGGCCCGGGGGGCUCCAGGACCCUCCGCCCCCCGCCUCAGGUGCCUCUCGGCCGGGCCCCUCGCCCCUGUCCGCGCCCCCCGCCCAGGACCCGCCCCCCAGCCCCCCCGGCCCUGCCCAGGGGCUGUUCCGAGCCCUCUACGACUUCCAGGCUCGGAAUUCCCAGGAGUUGAGCGUCAGGAAGGGGGACACGCUGCAGGUCCUGAGCCAGCAGAAGAAGUGGUGGCUGGUGCAGGACGAGCGCGGGGACCGCGGGCACGUCCCGGGCAACAUCCUGGAGCCCCUCCCGGAGCCGGGGCGCGGGGGGGGCCCCAGCGCCGGCCAGGACAGCCCCCCCACCCUGCGCCCCGACUCCACCCCGGCGGAGGUGACGGCCUGGCUGGCGGACAAGGGCUUCUCGCGGAUCACGGUGCGGAGCCUGGGGGUGCUGCGGGGGCAGGAGCUGCUGCAGAUGAGCCCCGAGGAGCUGCGGGUGGUCUGUCCCGAGGAGUGGCGGAGGGUCCUCUUCAAGCUGUCGGCCGCCAGGACAUCGCUGGAGGUGGGGGACCCCUGCCCUGAGCCCCCUCCCCAGCACGGGCUGUCCCUGGGGGUUUGAGCCACCGCGGCCGCUCCGAUGUCCCCGCCCUGUCCCCACCACGCCCCUCCCAGGACGGAGCCCCCCGGGACGCCCCUCACACCCCCCCGGGACAGAGAAACGCUCCCUGAUGGCAGAGGACACGCGACCCCCCCAGAGCCACAAACGGCUGCUGGGACCCCUCGGGGGGCUCUUGGGGACACCCCCCCAGGGAAGCGGAGGGCAGGACCCCCCCCUCGGGGGGUGCAGAGGCUGCAGAAUGAUUGUGCACCCCCAAAAUGUGUGGGAAAUAAAGAGUGACAGAAAUGGGCUGUG